AUUUGGCCAUUGGACGCGCCGACAAGCCGCCCGGGAUGCGUGCCACCGUCCGCAAUUCCGGCGACGUUCCUAGCAUCAAGGUGAAUUGGGGUUGAAAAGAAGACAACGCAGUCAAGUUUUCUCCUUUGUCUCUUGCCCUUGGUCUACUCGACUAUCGCAUCCAAGUCUCAACAACCACGCAUGCAACCUAUGAAACCUCUUUCUUCCACGAUAUCUUCUGAACCUAUAAGACGUAGUAUUGAUGCCCGCGGCAAUGGAAUGGGAAGCAAUUGCUUCUCGCCACCGAUUGAAGCAACAGCAGAAUAUUCCUCAGGAAUGGAGAAUCUCUGAUGAUCAGCUAGCCAAGCUUCGAGGCAAGGGAACUGCCGAAGAAGGUCGACUAAUAGCCCAAGAUGUUGCUCGAAAAUCGGCGCUAUUGACGGAAAAGGAACUCGACAUCACAGGGUGCUACAACGCACGAGAGUUGCUCGACAAGAUUCAUCACAAGAAACUCACAUCGGAAGAAGUGGCAGUGGCGUUUUGCAAGCGCGCCGCUCUCGCUCAACAGCUUACUUCCUGCUUGACUGAAAUCUUCUUCGAUGAAGGAAUCACCAGGGCUCGAGAACUUGACCAGCACCUAGAGCGUACUGGAGAGCUCCUUGGGCCAUUGCACGGCCUACCAAUUAGCCUCAAGGAUUCUUUCGUCGUUAAAGGUCAUUACGCUACUGUCGGCUAUGUCGAGUUUUUGAAAAGGCCACUGCCUACUUCUAAUUCGGCAAUGGUCGAUCUUCUAGUGGACGCUGGAGCCGUCCUAUUCUGUAAAACGAACGUUCCCCAAACCAUGAUGACUGCCGACUCGGAGAACAACAUUUUCGGUAGAACUUUGAAUCCGCACAAGACGAUUCUUACCGCCGGAGGUUCGACCGGUGGUGAGGGAGCUCUUGUAGCAUUCAGGGGCUCAGUAUUGGGCGUUGGCUCCGAUAUUGCAGGAUCAAUCCGGAUCCCCUCACUUUGCUGCGGCAUUUAUGGCUUCAAGCCCACAGCGGAUCGAACGCCAUUUGGAGGGCAAGCUAACUAUCCUUUUCGGAAACUUCAGCUUCCUGGAGUCACCCCUGUGGCUGGGCCGAUGGCAAAUACAGUUGAUGAUCUCAGUUUAUUCAUGGAAACAGUGAUCGGUCGUCGGCCUUGGCAUUAUGACGCAUCUGCAGUCAACGCCCCCUGGAGAAGCUCUUAUGGAAGCAAUAAGACCCUGACCAUCGGUAUCCUUCCCGAAGACCCGGAAUAUCCCUUGCAGCCGCCUGUCCGACGAGCUCUCCGAUACGCAGUCUCAAAAUUGACUGCCGCAGGGCAUAGUAUUGUCACACUACCAGCAAACCCCGCUUGCAGUGCCAGUGUUGGUGGAAAGCUGGGGUUCCAUUACUUCGGGCUAGGAUCUUCCGGUCUGGAUGCCCUGGCGAGUGAGAUUGGUGAACCACUUGUACAUUCAGUGAAACGAGGUGUUCAUCCUUUCACAACUUCAAAGCCCCUCAUUCCGACCGAGUUGGACACAGUACACCAACUAGAUGAGUUCCUUAGCUUACAGGCUUCCUAUGCCAACAGCUGGAAGGACGUUUGGACCCAGUAUCAACUUGAUGUUGUCAUUGGCCCCGGAGCGAUCAGCACCGCGGUUCCCCACGAUACCUAUGGGAUCCCUGUCUACACCUUGAUGUGGAAUGUGUUAGAUUAUCCCGCAGGGAUAAUACCAUACGGUGUGUCCUCCAAGACUAGAGAUCCCGACUAUCAGAACGCGGCCUCGAAGUUUGAAGCGGACUAUGAUCCAGAAGCAACGGACGGCGCCCCGUGUUCGCUUCAAGUCGUUGCUCCCCGAUUCCAUGAUGAAGAGUGUUUGUACGCGAUGAGAAUCAUUGACAGAGAUAUACAAGCAUGAAAGUGAGCGAUGACUGUGCGGGAUACUUGUAUUUGUUCUGUAGAGGCACGAAAUAUCAUAUCAUUAUCAAGUGCUUUUUGAUAACCCGAGAGUUUCCUCGGCGGCAGUGUCACCACCAUCACCACCACAGCCAAUACCAUGGCGCUGACGGAAUUUUUCUAGCCAUUCGGGAUUAUCUGCAACAGUCUGAUUCCACUCAUCGUCGCAGUCAUAAAUCACGCGUCUCGACUCUUGUCUAAGCAUCUCGUCGGUGAUGUCGAACCCUCGAGCAAGGUGCUCCUUUGCAAAGUGCCUCAAAUGCUGCUCUAGGA